CUGCUGUUACACUUGCUUUUGCUCUCGCCCUUGCUGUCUUAUAGCGCCAUAGCGGUUGACAGAGCACGAAUCUCUAAUGCUUUAGAUCUUAUCUAAGGUAAUGGCGGAGUCAGUCCGGAUGAUUUACCUGGGCUGAUUGUGGGAGGUGGGCUACAAGUGUCAACGACAACACCGUCAUCCGGGCUAUUUCUCGUUUCUCUCCCAUUAUUUUUACUUCUCCCAUAGUAAAUCUAUGACAAAUCCCUUUGUCAAGAUUGAAGGCUACUCGGGCUACAGCCCGGGUAACCUUCAACCCGGCUCCGCCCUUGAUCUAAGGGAGUCGAUAGUGGAAGAAUGAAAUAAAUUUAGGACGUGGAAAGAUAAUAGAAAGAGAAAAAAUCUCUUAAUUUAUAUAAUUAAAAAAGAAUAUACGUGUCAUUUUUUUUUUUUUGAUAUAUCAUAUAUUUUUAUGAGUUAUUUUUUACUAUAUGUUAUAAUUUUAACUACAUAUAUCAUUUUGUUUUUUCUACUCACGGUUUUCUAUCCGAUUUUCGGAUGAUAUCCACCGAUAGAUUGUAUUAAACGAUAAAAACAUUUUAACUCCCAAAAUUUUAUUUUUAAUUUUAGUUUCCGUUCUUUGGCAUAAUUGAUGUUUGGGUGGCUGAAAUGCUUGGGAAGAUGGGCAAGUAUUAUAGCGGUUGACAAGAGCGGUAAUAUUGGAAUUAAGUGAACCCUGGGAAAUUUAGAAAUCUGGGUGGCUAUUUGGAAAAUGCCGAAGUUACUUCCUUUAAGACCUCCUCGACUCUUCUGCUCCUUCCUCUGGAUGGGCCGCUGCUGUUGCACUCGCCCUUGCUCUUGCUCUAAUGGCCGCCGCCGCUGCCGCUGCCGCUGCUUACUCCACCCCUCGCGAGCACGUCGAGUGGAUACGGAGAGAGAGGUACUACAUUGGGAGACAUGACAAGAAUCCCCUGGCUGAGGACAUCCAUCAGGCCGUCCUCUACCUCUCCGAAGAGCUUUAUUCCAAGGAUGUCCACUUCCUCAUGGAGCUUGUUCAGAAUGCAGAGGACAACAAGUAUGCAGAGGGAGUCACUCCAUCCCUUGAGUUUCUGAUUACUUCAAAGGAUAUCACGAUGACCGGAGCCAAAACAACACUGCUCCUAUUCAACAAUGAGAUAGGUUUCUCUACGUCGAACAUUGUUUCCAUUUGUAGGAUUGGUAAAUCAACAAAGAAAGGGAAACGACACCUUGGCUACAUAGGGGAGAAAGGUAUAGGAUUCAAAAGUGUCUUUCUGAUAUCCAGUAAGCCCUUUAUCUUCAGCAAUGGGUACCAAAUAUGCUUCGAUGAGGAACCAUCACCUGAUUGCAACCUAGGCUACAUUGUGCCUGAGUGGGUUGAUGAGAAUCCAAGCCUUUCUGACAUAAAAAAUUUGUAUGGCCCUUCAAAAAGCCUUCCUACAACUGUUUUAAUCUUGCCUUUGAAGAUUGAAAAAGAGUCAGCUGUGAAGCAACAAUUAUUAAAUUUACAACCCGAGGUCCUACUCUUUCUUUCAAAAAUUAGGCAGCUAUCUGUUAGGGGAGAUAGCGAUGGUUCAACAUGUAAUACUGGCUGCAAGAUCUUUAUAUCUGGUGAAGACAAUUGCCAAACGAGGAGGAACUUCAAUGCAGAAUCAUACCCUCUCCAUCUUACUGCUCAAAUGGGCGACAAGGGAGAUGAGGAACAAUGCUGUUACUACAUGUGGAAGCAAAGGUUCCCUGUAAAACAGCAAUGCAUUUCAAAGAAGAGGGCUGAAGUUGAUGAAUGGGCUAUUACUCUGGCUUUUCCCUUUGGAAGGCGGUUGAAUCGCGGGAUGCGAAAGUCUGGUGUGUAUUCCUUUCUUCCUACUGACAUGGAGACUGGUUUCCCAUUUAUAAUCCAGGCAGAUUUCCUUCUGGUUUCUUCAAGGGAGUCGAUACAGCUAAAUAGCCCAUGGAACGAAGGAAUUCUCAGCUGUGUACCUUCUGCAUUUAUGAAUGCUUUCACUACACUAAUUAAAGGAGCACAUGAGGCGCCCUCAUUUUCCAUUCCCUUCUUGUUCAAUUUCAUACCAGUGGAGGAAUCUCAUAUCAAGUUGCUAGAUCCUGUGAGACAAUCCAUUAAAGAAAAGAUCACUGCUGAGCGUAUAAUACCAUGUGAAUUAAAUAACUCACAAAAAAUGUUCUGUAAGCCCAGUGAAAUUAAGAGGCUUGCUCCUUCAUUUUGGCAUGUUCUAAUCAAAGCACAGAAGUCUGGGGUUGAUAUACUUAACCUGCAUUCAAAUGGAAGUCAUAUAGUAAAUGCCUACUUGGAUAAUGAUGACUAUAAUAAUGUACUAGGAUUUCUGGGAGUGAACUAUGUUGAUCUAUCAUGGUAUGCAUCAUUCAUUCAGGGUUCUGAUCUUCCAAAGGGAAUGCCUGAUGAUAUUUAUGUAGAACUUCUACACUUCAUUGCUCAGAAUUGGAACUCUUGUUUUAUGGACUUACCUCUGUUAAGGUUUAUUGAUGCCACUGGCGGCAUAUCUUUGUUAAGUGUAUCACAAGCAACGAAUGGUUAUCAGAAGCUAUGUAUUGCCAACGGUGAUGAGAUCAUCACAUGGCUUAUCAACUGGAACAGGGAGUUUAUAUCUGUCUCAAACCUAUAUUUUAUGCCACAAACCAUGCAAUUGUCUUUAAGAACGUCAAAAUCAGGAGUAAUGGAUUGGCUCAAGAAUUCUGUGAAGCUGCAGAGUUUAAGUCUUUAUGACUAUGGGUCAAUUGUGAUCAAGUCACUAACUAAGAGCAAGCUUGUCAUAGCCUUCACUCAUUUUCUAUAUCAUUCUCAUAAGUAUAAUUAUGCUAGCAAAUGGUGCUUACAGACAUUGUUCUCUCACUUGCCAAUAGUAGAUGAGUACGGAGAAGUGAUAUUUGAAAAGACAGAAGUCCUUGUGCCGGCCAGCAUGGGCAAAUGGAUAAUGUUAAUGGGUUCAAAUCCAUGGAGGGCUGACAAAUAUUUUGUACUGAGCAGGGAGUAUUUGGCAACUGCAAAUUUUGCAGGAAAUGUUACAUGUGAAGGACAGAUUUUGAAGUUCCUACAACAAAAUGGAAAGGCCUCUGAUGUUCCACAAGUUUAUCCUCCAAAUGCAGCUUUCCAAACUGUUUACUCUCCUUUGACAAGAGACAAUGCAUUCUUGUUACUUGAAUGGAUUAGAAAUAUAAGAUCUCGUGGAACUAAUUGUAAGCUGCAGAUCUUUUUUAGCAGCAUCAAAACUGGAAGCUGGUUGAAGACAUCAAUUGGUUACAGUCCACCUUCUGAGUCAUUCUUGCCGAGCUCAGGUUGGGGAAGACUACUUCAGGUAGCAUCAACACUUGUUGACAUACCAUUAAUCCUGAAAGAUUUUUAUGGUGAAAAGAUAACAGAGUACACUGAAGAACUUAAAGAAAUUGGAGUCAGAUUUGAUUUUAUGGACGCAUCAGAAUAUAUUGGUAGCCAUAUCAGGAUUGCAACAGCUGAUUCCGCCUUAACCCGAGCAAAAGUCUUUUCAUUGCUCAAUUUGGUCAGAUAUUUGGGAGAGGUAAGCUUGUCCCCUGACUAUCUAAUUCAGAGCACCAAAACUGCAAGAUGGCUAAAAACAUCAGUUGGUUUCAGAUUAGCAUCAGAAUCCAUAUUGUUGCUUGAUUCAGAAUGGACACUUGCUUCACAUGUCAGUAAUCUCCCCUUCAUUGACACUUCUUUCUAUGGUGAGCAGAUUGCUGAUUAUAAGACUGAGCUGCAGUUAUUUGGUGUUUUAGGUGGAUUCAACAAAAAUUAUCAGAUUGUGGUUAAUAACUUCAAAAUGCCUUCAAGCUCUGUAUCUGCUGAUGUUGCCAUUUUCAUACUUGAAUGCAUACAAAAUGCUAACAUUCUUGAUGAUCUCAUCAGAAAGUUAUCACAGACGACUAAAUGGUUGAAGACCCAGCUUGGCUAUCAAAAUCCAGGUGAAUCUUUUUUGGCUGUUUUAGAAUGGGAAUGUCUUCUUCAGGUUGUCAGCGACAUUCCGGUAAUAGAUGAGCCAAUGUAUGGCGGUAGAAUCAGGUCAUAUCAGACAGAGCUAAAGAGAAUUGGAGUAGCAGUAACCAGAGAUGACUUCUCAAAAGCUAUUGCUUCUCGACUGAAUCUCCUUAUAAAGAAAACAUUGAUCACAAACAAAAAUGUUCUCGCAUUGUUAACAUGUUAUAGGCAGUUUGUCAAAAAGCAAAUUACAUUCCCACAUGAUCUUUCCCUUUUCUCCCUUGAGAAGGAAUGGUUGCAUACUAAUCUUGGAUUCAGAUCUCCAAAAGCUUCCAUCCUAUUUAGUCCGGAGUGGGAGCCUAUCUCAGCUAUAUCAAAUCUUCCACUUAUCGACGGUAAUUCUGAAUUCUAUGGUUACUCCGAUGAGAUCUAUGAUUUCAAAAAUGAGCUCCAGGCCUUUGGUGUUAUAGUUGAAUUCAAAGAGGGAGCUAAAUUUGUCAUAGAGAGCAUCAACCUUCCAAGAGAUCCUUCUGUCAUUAAUCCAGUUAGCAUUAUAUCCUUAUUUCAGUCCAUUCGCAAUCUGAAGGAAAACACAGAGUCUCUUCCAAUGGAGUUCAAGCAAAAGAUGAACAAUAGAUGGAUAAAGACAAUUCUAGGUUACAGAUUUCCAGAAGAGAGCAUUCUGUUUGAUCCUACGUGGAGUUUGCAAAGGAAAGACGGUCCCUUUAUUGAUGACAUCUUCUACGGAUCUGAGCUUUCAUCUUAUAAAAAGGAGCUUAAAGAAAUUGGUGUAUCUGUGGAUGCCUCUCAGGCAUGCCUGUUACUAGCACUUCAUAUUAAGUGUCACUCUGAUAUUACUACAAUCUCGAGAGUAUACCUGUUCUUGAAUGAACAUAAAUGGGAGCCUGAUAAUGAAGAUAAUGAAGCUGCAGAGUGGAUUUGGAUCCCACGGGGUGCUGGAGAAUGGGUGAGCUCCAACAGUUGCAUACUACAUGAUAAGCUUGACCUGUUUGGUUCCCAACUCUUCAUUUUGGAUAAAUACUAUGACACAAAGCUUCUUGAAUUCUUUUCAAGGGUUUUUGGGGUUCGGCUUAGUCCAUGCGUCGAUGACUACUGCAAGCUCUGGUCCUCGUGGGAAGUUUCAGCACACCACCUUACGGUGCAGCAAUGCUCCGCUUUCUGGGUCUUCAUUGCGAAGCACUGGAAUAGCAACUCAGUGAAACUUAUGCUGGGAAGCAUAUCAAAAUUACCAGUUGAAAGUAAUGAUGAGCUCAUUCUUUCCAACAAACAAGACGUAUUCAUUCCCGAUGAUCUCUUGCUGAAGGAACUGUUUGACAAGGUUUCUGGAACAAUCUUUGUCUGGUAUCCUCAAGUAACCACUCCUGCACUUUCUAGAGCAAAUAUGAACAAGAUCUAUAGCAGCAUUGGUGUUCAAUCAAUUUCUGAGGCUGUAGAAAAGGAUGAGUCGUUCAGGACCACUGGUGCUAGUGUUAGGGAAGUCAAUCAGAAAUCUCUGAUAUCGAGCAAUGGAUUGCUGAGGAUUGUGCUUGCUUUUCUUUCCGAUACUUCUCUUGAUAUAAUUGCUACUGAAAGGAGUCUCCUUGUCAAAUAUUUGCUUGAUUUAGAAGUCUUGGAAAUUGAUGAGCCUAUUACAGUUAGCUAUAAGCUAACACUAUCCUCUCGAACAAUUUUAGAUUCAAAAGCUACUAGAAUGUUCCGUUGGGAAAAAGAUAAGGCGAAGUUAUUCUUACAAAGAGAUGAAGGUGGAACGAAACGAAAAAGACACAACAUUGAAUAUGCAACAAAUUUUGCUGAUGUGAUAGCAAAGGGCUUAUUGUCUGAAAUGCCUGACCAGAUUGCUUCACUUGCUGAGCUCAUUAGGCUUGGUUGCUUGUUGGACUUUGAGGAAGAUGCAGUGGACUACUUGUUGAAGACCAAAAAUCUCCAGUUGUUUCCUGAAGACGAAGAGUUUCUAUCAUCUAUUUCGUCUACAACGGUUCAAUUUAUUCUCUACUAAUACAUUCCUGUUUUGAUCUAUGCAGAAUGCAGGAAAGAUUGAAGCUGGAGAAACUGCCACAGUCGACUACUAAUUAAUGCUCAACUGCACUGCUAUUUGGAAUCCUUAUGUUACUUUUUUUCUUUCCAUCAUUCUUUUGGCCACAUGUUAUGAAGUUUCUUUAAGUCCUUCAGUAAUUUAUAGUAUAUAAUUUUGUUUGAGAUAGUUCAGUAGUUUGCAUGUUAAGUAAAAUAUUCAUGCAAUACUAGUUAAUAGUUGUGAAGUUUAAAA